CAUGCAAUUUUCACUUGCUGCUAACAACGCUACGCCGGCUUGCUACACUGCACAGUAACAAAGUUUGCUUUCGCGGCUGCCUUGUCUUGCGCUUGUACCGAAAAUGCGUCCGCUCACAGAAGAGGAGACGAAAGCUGUGUUCGAGAAGCUUUACAAAUUCAUAGGCAAGAACAUAAAGAACCUCAUCGACCGGCCAAACGACCCGCACUGUUUCCGCCUGCACAAAAACAAGGUUUUCUAUGUGAAGGAGAGGCUGAUGAAGAAGGCCACAAACGUUGCACGAGACAAGCUGGUGGCGCUGGGAACGUGCAUCGGCAAGCUGACGCACACGGGGAAGUUCCGCCUGACCAUUGGGGCGCUGGACCUCAUUUCGCAAUACGCGAAGUACAAGAUCUGGGUGAAGCCUUCCGCGGAGAUGCAGUUCCUGUACGGCAACAACGUGCUCAAAAGCGGCCUGGCGCGCAUCACCGAGAACACGCCCGCCUACACGGGUGUGGUCAUCUACAACAUGGCUGACAUCCCGCUGGGCUUCGGCGUGACCGCCAAGUCCACCAACGAGUGCCGGAAUCUGGACCCCAACGCCGUCGUCACCUUCCACCAGGCCGACUGCGGCGAGUUUCUGCGUGCCGAGGACGAGCUAUAAAUAGCCCUUGGCCUCACGGGCGCCCUGCUCGACCGGUUGGUCGUGAAUAAUGACAUCCUGACCUAACCAACCCGGCUAUGAGUGUGCAGCCGGCCGUUUGACCAAGUAAUGUGGUAGUUGGAGUGACCGUGAGCGCAGGACGCGGGGCUUGGCCUUAUUAGACGUGUGUAUUGUCAUGGGGUGACCCAGGUGAUUAUCUGUUUCAGGUGCAGUACCAACACAUUGGCUCUCCGUGUGUGGAUACCGCGUUGGCGAAAGCCGCGGAUGGGGGCGUGCGCGCCCCGGUGGAGCCGAGCAAUCCGGGUCCCAAGGCCAGGAUAGCUUCUCUGUGCGGAGGUGGCAGUGAUGGCGGCGGUGCGGGGCCCGGUGGCGGUAGCAGUGGCCCGCGGCCCAUUGGCGACAGUGGCGGCGUAUAGGGCCCGGCAGCGCUGAACCCAAUGUUUGCAGCGGCUGGAGCUGGGUUCCACCAACAGCUUGUGCAUGCGAAGCGAAGGCAGCGGGCAAGGAGAGGAGAGCGUGGUCCUGCGUGGUGCCGCCCAACACGCCGCCGGCACGCAGGUUUAGACCGGCCAGUGUCUGCUGAGGGGUCAGCGGGAGUGCUUAAAAGAGGCAUGGCUACCUGGAAGCGCUGUGAAUGGUUGCGCUUGGCCCUUGGACCAAAUGCAUUUGCGCGACUGCGGUGCAUGUGAAGACCGGCCCCGCCUACCAGUAGGCGGGGGACAUUAGCCUGUUCGGUGGACCUUCGGCCUCGGCCGUCUGGCGGUGUGAUGGGGACCAGCCAACUGUUCUCGUCCUGUAACAUGUUCGGGUG